GUGUUUUUCUGUCUUUGUAAAAUGUCGAAUUUAUUGGAGAAGGCAAAGAACUAUGUGUCAGAGAAGGUGACAAACAUGAAGAAGCCAGAGGCCAGCCUUACAGGGGUUGGUCUGAACACCGUGAGCCGUGAUGGUGUGGAAUAUAAUGCAAAGGUCUCUGUGGACAAUCCCUACAGCCAUGCACUUCCCAUUUGUGAGAUCUCUUAUAUCCUCAAAAGCGCCGGCAGAGUGAUUUUAUCCGGGAAAAUGCCAGACCCUGGCUCACUGAAAGCAAAUGAGAAGUCAAUGCUAAACGUACCGUUGAAGGUGCCACAUAGUGUAGUAGUGAGUUUGGUAAGGGACGUUGCAAAGGAUUGGGACAUUGAUUAUGAGUUGGAGUUGGGUCUUACGAUUGAUCUUCCUGUCAUUGGUGACUUCACCAUUCCUCUCUCCAGCAAGGGCGAGAUCAAGCUCCCUACCUUCAAAGAUUUCUUUUAA